CGAGUGGAGCAGCAGCGACACGGGAGGCAGCUGGAGUGAAGGAGAAGACGAUGAGGGUGUCCCAGAAAGGAGGUCUGGCAAGGCUGGGACUCCGAUGCCAAGAAUGGUGUCGUGGGGGCUGAACUCUAGGAGCCAACCCAGCGCGAGGAAGGCUCUCGGCAGCAACAAAAAGACGCACACCAUAGU